AUGCCAGAGUUUCCUCUCCAAGAAAUCGAAAGGGUUUUUACAUGGCUCAAACAAUCCCUCUCCCUCUUUCGCUUUACGUUUGCAAAAAAUCGCCAAUCUUUCCCCACAGAUUCAACCCUUACUCGUCUUCCGUUAAAACCAGCCAUAUUGUAUCCAAAUCGGCUCCACCUCCAAUCCUCUGCUCAUCGGAAUCCAGCGCCCAUAACCUCAAAACAUGCAAGGUUUGCAAAACCUAAUUCGACCCUUUGUUCAAUCACCCUCGGGCUUACCGUUUCCACACUGCCCAUUUUGGAGGGGAAACAAAGAGGAAGUUCAAGAGCGUGUAUGCAGGGGGCACCAUGGAUACUCCCGACUCCGGCAAAGUUUUUCAAUACUGGCAUUGUUGUGGCUCUGAAAAUCCAUUUGAUCCUGGAUGCACUGCUGCUCCGCAUGCCUCUUACGAUGACUAAUGCAGUUUGCCAUCUUUCAUUACCAAUAUCAGGUUGGUUUCUUUAUACCCCAUGUUAACUUUGUAAAUGGAUUUUUGGAACAACUUUUGAUCCAGAUUUUUUGAACAGAAAAAACUGUGAUAAAUGCUUGUAUUUCUUGCCUUUCAUUUGAAUUUAUUUGGUUUGGCCUUGUAAGUGCAAGAUAACU